AUGAUUACAGAGACAUGGUUAAACCAUGAGAUAACCAAUUCUGAGAUCAAUUUACCUGGUAUGUCGCUGCUUCGGACCGAGAGAACCGGAAGUGGUGGCGGUGUGAUUCUUUACUAUAAUACAAACCUCCGAUGUGAAGUUAUCGAUCACCCGGAAAUCCGAGCUCCCGAUUCGCUUUGGUGCCGCCUAUGGUUUCGAAACAAGGACACAUGUCUACUAGCCGUGAUUUAUCGCCCACCAAACUCAACGUCGGAAAUGGACUCCAAACUGAACCAUGUUUUUCAGUUUGCUUUGAACAAGUCCUACACCCACAUUCUUAUCGCUGGAGACUUUAAUGUGCAUGACAUAGAAACGCCGGCAACCGAUGGUAUGCAGUUUAAAGCCUGCUUGAAAGAGCUAAUUGCUAGUCACCCUCUGUAUAACCACGUAACCACUACCACCAGAUUUCGAACUGCUAACAAGCCGUCGAUACUGGAUCUUGUGCUUACUAACGAAGGACUCACGGAUGAUGGGAUAGUUACAAGUACACCACUGGGUCAUAGUGAUCAUGUUACUCUUCUCUUUGGCUAUAUAUGCUAUGCGGAGUACCCUGAAAAGGAGGAGGAUAAAGUGCAUACUGUCACGCACUACAAUGUGCUGUCUAAGCUUGUUAAGGAUACGUCUUGGACUUUCUUAACCGAAUUCCCCCAGAUGUUGCCUGGGAAACCUUUACAAGGACCUUUAUCGCACUGGUUGCACACGCAUGGGAACAGAGGUCUUUCCAACCCGAAAACAAGCACAAGUCAUUUCUGA